GCACAAGAAGUUUUGCUUCGAGUUUACCGGGGCUCCGCUACCUGGACCGAAGGAGGAAGACGCGCCUCCGCCUGGUGAGCCGAAGCACAGCGUCGAAACCUUGCAGUCUUUGUUCCAGCGCUUGGCCGAGCCUUCGGCAAUCCCUCAUCGCAAAUUUCUUGCAGCGAUCUUUACCGAUAAGGAGCUCUCUGGAGUCCUGAAAAGGUUUACAGCUGGUCUCCACCUGCCUGAGAUGACGGACGAGACUGCACAGCGGAGGGCCAUCCGGAAGGCGAUUAUCUCCAAGAUCUUGAAGAUCUUGAAGGAAAUCGACAAGGAUGGCAGUGGCAGCGCCGAGUGGGAUGAGUUCCUGGAGUUCUUCCGCAAAGCGGAGUGUCUCUUGGAGUACCAGUCCGAUCAUGCACGUGGCCGCAAUCGCUCGGUGCUCCAUGAUGAGGUUGAUGCCCUGCGCAUGAG